GACCUAAGUUCCCUGAUGUGCUCUAUAGUCAUGCUUCAUCAGUGGAGUCUGGCUGUGUUCUUGCUGUGCUCCCCAGUGACUCUUGAUGGGAGACCAGUCGCUGCACUUAGUAGCAGAACGAAGAGGUCAGUGAGCCACGCCCAGCUGAUGCAUGACAAGGGCCGCUCCUUGCAGGAGUUCAAGCGCCGCAUGUGGCUGCAGGAGCUGCUGGAAGAGGUGCACACUGCCGAUGAGCGAGCUCUACCUGUGCAGAGCAGAACCCAGAGUCAAACAUUCAGUGGGAAUGCCCUGCAUGAGAAGCCCCCAGGGGCAACAAAGAACCUCCCCGACAGGUUCAGGCUGGACAGAGAGGGCCCUAACCUGCCACAGGAGACCAACAAGGCUCUGGCUUAUAAGGACCAGCCACUUAAAGUGGCCACCAAGAGGAAAAAAAAGGCGAGGUUAGGCCGACGUAGAGAGAGUGACAAGAAGCGGAGGCGGGCACGGUCCGUCACAACAAAGGAGCCAUGA